ACACCUGCCCUUGGAGUCCUCUUUCACCCUCUGCUGCCCGCCAAAAUGACAGACUCCAUAGUACCGAUGGACGAAGACGUGCUGAGCGAUGUUGUUCCCAGCAACAUCGUCUCCCGUCAAGGACCGUCCACCAGCAAAUCAUCGCCUUCCAAGCUCGCUAAGAUGCAGCAGAUGGCAGAAAGACGUGAGAAAAAGCAAAAACGCAAAGCGGACGAGAGCCAGCUCCACGUUAAGAGGCAAGAGAUGGAUAAAGCCAAGAUUGCGGAUUCCGUCAAACGUUACUCUUACUUGCUCGGUCAAACCGAUCUCUUUAAGCAUUUUGUCGAUAUCAAGAAAGCGCGCGAUCCUCAGUACGCCGCACUCCUAGAUGCUCAACCAAAGCAGAAGGGAAGAGGGCGUAAAAAAGCGGCCGACCAGAGUGCCCGCCACAGAAAAUCAGAGAAAGAAGAGGACGAGGAAAUGUUGAAAGACGGCGAGCUUGCCGCUGAGGGGGACGACCAACCUUUCGUUUUCGAGGAAUCACCCAGCUAUAUCAAGGGAACCAUGAGGGGAUAUCAGUUACAGGGAUUGAACUGGAUGGUUUCAUUACACCACAACGGUUUGAACGGCAUCCUUGCAGAUGAGAUGGGCCUCGGGAAAACACUGCAGACCAUUUCCUUCCUUGGCUAUUUGAGGCACUAUGGUUCAACUCAAGGUCCUCAUCUCAUCGUCGUACCUAAAUCCACGUUGCAGAAUUGGGCUCGCGAGUUUGAGCGGUGGACCCCGGAUAUAAACGUUGUAGUUCUAACGGGCACGAAGGAAGAACGUAGCGAGAUCAUCGCUGAGCGACUCAUCCCACAGGAUUUCGACGUUUGUGUGACGUCAUACGAGAUUUGUCUCAUCGAAAAGUCUGCUCUGAAAAAGUUUUCGUUCGAGUACAUCGUCAUCGACGAAGCGCACCGUAUCAAGAACGUAGACUCCAUCCUGGCGCAGAUCGUUCGCUCGUUCAUGUCUCGUGGACGGCUGUUAAUCACCGGUACUCCACUUCAGAAUAACUUGAAGGAGUUGUUCGCACUGCUGAACUUCAUUUGCCCCGAGAUUUUUUCAGACUACGCAGAUCUUGACGCUUUUCUCCAUAAAGACGAUAGCGGUACUGGGAAUGAAGAAGAGAGGAGCAAGAAGGUCGUCGAAGCGCUGCACAAAAUCUUGCGACCGUUCCUUCUCCGACGGGUCAAGUCCGACGUUGAGAAGAGUCUUUUGCCUAAAAAAGAAAUAAACAUUUAUGUUGGUAUGACAGAGAUGCAGCGCAAGUGGUACCGCUCGGUUCUGGAAAAGGACAUCGAUGCCUGUUUAACUGGGAAGAAAGAAGGGAAGACGCGACUGAUGAACAUGGUCAUGCAGCUUCGCAAAGUGACGUGUCACCCCUAUCUCUUUGAUGGAGCUGAACCCGGUCCUCCAUAUACGACGGACGAACAUAUCAUCGAGAACUGUGGGAAGAUGAUUAUUCUGGAUAAACUUCUCAAGUCAAUGAGGGCUAAAGGCUCGCGCGUGCUGAUCUUCUCGCAAAUGAGCCGCGUGCUCGAUAUCCUAGAGGACUACUGCCUCUUCCGUGGUUUCAAGUACUGCCGUAUCGAUGGUAGUACGGCCCACGACGAGCGAAUCGUGGCGAUCGAUGACUACAACAAGCCGGAGAGCGAGAAAUUCAUAUUCCUUCUCACAACCCGAGCGGGUGGUCUUGGUAUCAACUUGACGACUGCUGACAUCGUAAUCCUGUAUGACAGUGAUUGGAACCCACAGGCUGAUUUACAGGCGAUGGACCGUGCACAUCGGAUCGGGCAAUCAAAGCAGGUGUAUGUUUUCCGGUUCAUCACGGAAGAUACCGUCGAAGAGCGAAUGCUGGAGCGUGCAGCACAGAAAUUGCGUCUCGACCAACUCGUCAUCCAGCAGGGGCGCCAGCAGCAAUCGAAAGCUGCGUCGAAGGAAGAGCUUUUGGAAAUGAUUACGCAUGGGGCGGAGAAGAUAAUCAAUUCUAGGGAUGACCUCCUAAUUAACGAUGACAUCGAUGCGAUCAUCAAACGUGGAGAAGAGCGUACACUGGAGCUGAACAGUCGCUAUGAGGGCCUGAACCUAGAAGAUUUGAGCAAUUUCAAGUCGGAUAGCACUGUCCAACAAUGGGAGGGUGAAGACUUUAGGGCUCGUAAGGGACUUAAUCUCAAUAUCUCGCUGUCAAAGCGUGAGCGGAAGACGAACUAUUCUGUGGAUAGCUACUUCAAGGAUACAUUACGAGCUGGACCCUCGAAGCCCGAAAAAGCUCCGAAGUUGCCUCGCGCACCCAAGCAGGUUCAGAUCCAGGACUUUCAGUUUUUCAACCCAACACUGGCGCAGCUACAAGAACGGGAGCUCGCCGUUUUCAAGCGUACGAAUAACAUUCCUGCGACACUCCGAGAGUCACAAGGUCCUGAGGACACACCUGAGAAGCUUGAAGCGGAACGUGCGACUGCUCAAGAAUUCAUAGAUACCGCUGAGCCUCUCACGGAGGAAGAGCAAGUACUUAAGGAACGGUACCUCGCAGAGGGAUUCCACGACUGGAGUCGAAGAGAUUUCCAGCAGUUUGUUCGUGCACUGGAGACAUACGGAUGGACAGAUGACUAUGAAUUACUUGCGUCAGAGAUACAAGACAAGAAUGCGAAGCAGGUUAAAGAAUACUAUUUGCAUUUCAAGAAACACUGGAAGGAAUUAUCUGAACACCCUCGUAUUGCUGCGCGCAUCGCUGAAGGUGAAGCGAAGAGGAACAAACGUUCCAAUCUUGAAGCGCUUCUUGCUAAAAAGAUUGCAAGUGUCCAACACCCGAUGCAAGAACUUGAGCUCAACUACCCUACGACGAAAGGGAAGGUUUAUUCGGAGGAAGAGGAUCGGUAUCUACUGGUUCGAUUGCACCACUAUGGUAUGAGCACUGAGGACGCGUACGAACGUAUCCGGAGAGAUAUAUCGGAGUUCCCUGUUUUCCGCUUUGACUGGUUCUUCAAGAGCAGGAGUACGCAAGAAUUGCAGAGACGGUGUAAUACGCUCUUAGGUAUGAUAGAGAAGGAGGCGGAGGCUCAAGCACAACAGGAGGGUAAAUCCAAGAGUGGACGGAGUAAGAAACGGGGAAUAGACGAUGCACAGAAGGACGAGGAUGCGAAAGAGUCGAGAUCGCCGUCGCCUGUCCCCGCUCCCGCGCCGAAGAAGGGGACAAAGAAGAAGAGGACGUAGCACCUGAGUGGACUUUAUGACAGCCCUUCAGUUGCCAUUCUUCGUGCCUGUUGUACACUUGGUAUAUUAGAUGGAUCUAUUAUGUUACUCCUCACCUCUCCUCUGAAC